AUGGCGGAUCCGGCGGAGCAGAUUGCACAGGCCGAGGCCUACAAACAGGAAGGCAACACACGCUUCAAGGAGCAGAACUUUCGUGGCGCGUUGGGCAGCUAUCACAAGGUCUUCUGCUACAUCAAUGGGCUCCAAAUGCCGGGGGAGCGCAGUCAGGCAUCUCAGUAUGCAGAGAUGAUGGGCCGAUCUGCCACCUCGUUUAACGUACCGGAAGAGAAGGUUGAGGAGGUGAAGAAGCUGAAGCAGUCCACCAACCUCAACAUGGCGGCGUGUUACCUGAAGCUUGGGGAACAUCGCAAAUGCAUUGACUCGUGCACGAAGGCGCUUGCUACAUGUCCGCUUUCUAAAGCCUACUUCCGAAGAGGCGGGCGUGCUCAAGACGCCACACAACGUACCCCAACGUACUGGUGCUUGAAAAGUGCAUCCCUGCAAUUACCGCAGAUAAUCUUCAAUUCUCUUCGUCACCAAUCUACAUUCACCCACUCCCCCUUCAGCACCUGUAGUAGGAGGGAACGCUUGCUGCUAGGACAAGCACAUCUCGAGCUUCGAAACCUGGACGAGGUGCCCUGA